AUGUUGAACUCAUUCGAACCGAUAAAUGGCCAUAGCCACGGCCACUCUAAACGAGUCGAGGAUGACGACAGAAAGGCCACCACCAGCGGAUCGGCCCUUAAAAUUGGCGAUUUAACGAAUAACACUGACACGGCACCACCUGCCCCAGUAUCGCUUCCAACCCCAAUGUCAGUGGCAGGCCAAGCAUCAACUCCAAUCGCUACUCCAGCCACUGCUCCAGCCACUGCUGUCACAACUCCUGCCUCAACUCCAGGAGCUACACCUGGCGAGACUCCUGCUAUGACUGCCAGUGCCACUCCAACAUUGGAUUCCGCUUCAUCUGCAGGUCCUGAUUCUGGUGUUGCUGCUCACGGGUCUCAGGGUUCUCACCCCAAUAUCAAGAAAGAGCCUGGUGCCACGUCUCCUAAUCUACAAAAAUCUAACAAACCACCUUCCGGGGACCAAGCCAAUGGUUCUAAGGAUUCUAAUAACGAAAAUGGCAGCAGUGAAGGGACUUCAAAUGGAGAUAAUGGCGAAGAAGAAGGUGACGAUGCUAAUUCAUCAGCUUCUUCUCCUGGUAGUUCGACCUCGUCGACUACUGUCUGUCAAAACUGUCACACAUCCACUACUCCAUUAUGGCGUAGAGACGAGAACGGCCAGGUUCUGUGUAAUGCGUGUGGUUUGUUUUUGAAACUCCACGGUCGAAGAAGACCUAUUUCUCUUAAAACAGACGUGAUUAAAUCCCGUAACAGAUCUAAAAACAACCCUGUGGCUAUCAAGAGAACUAAAAACAACCAACAAUCGCAGCUUCACAUGCCCAAUUCUCCCGGUAUCAACGGCGGAUCUCCUUCGUUCGCUGCUAUUUCUCCUCAUGUCGGUCCUCAUGGCAGUCCUUUAAAUCACCCUUCUCAUGGAGGAAGUCCUUUAAUCCAUAGUCCAAUGCGUUCUGCUAUGCUCCAUGAUAUCAGUCAUAUCGACCACAUGCCAUUAUCAGGACCACCACACUCUCACGACCAUCGUUCUCAAAAUAUCGCUCAUCAAGCUCGACCACCUACUGUGCCUUCUACCCCAUCAACCAUGUUCUAUUCGAAUAGCCCUAGCAUGGGUCCCGCAAAUGGCCAUUUACACGGUCCUCCUACCCAUCAUCAUCCCAUUCAACCACAUAUGUCUGGUCCUCUUCCGAUGAUGUAUGGCCAUCCUCAUCAGCAUCAGCACCAACAACCUUUGCAGCAGCCUCCUCCUCACCAACAAUCGUUGCAACAACCUCCUCAACCUCACCAGCAAGCCAUGCCUCAUCAUCAGAUUCCUCCUCACCAACAACACCACCAGCCAUCCGGAUACAAUUCACUACCAGGAUCUGGCCGUGCAUCUCCAAAGCAAUUCGGACCGGGUCCUCUUUCUGAUGGUUCUGUACACUCACCAGCAUCACUUCCUCCUAUGUCAGUUGCUCUACAACAGCCACAAAACGGAGUACGUAGUGUUCCUGGUCGCCAGGUUCCUCCACCAUUGACAAACACCGCAAGACCUGGUGGUAGUCCACAUAUCCUGACACCACAAUCGCGUCCUCAAUCACCAGUUUCCGCCAAUUCUUCAAGCAAUACCAACGGCGGCCUGGCAUUGAGACCCUUGCGGUUUUCUGGAGAGUCUAUGAGUGAGCAAUUACGACCUCGAUCUCCCGAUGUCAAGCUUGAGAGAAUCCCGUCGUUGAGAAACAUCCCUGUUGGCAAUGCCGGACCUGGUCCUUCUCGCGACUCGGGUCCUACUCCGCCAGCACCAAUCUCGUCUGUGAACUCGGCCCCCUCAACCAGUCCUGGAGCUUUCACCAAUGGCAGUGCUUCUGUUAGUAGUACCACUACCAACGUCAACAACAGCAACAACAGUAACACCAAAGGUACCGGGUCCAACGAGAGUUCGAGUCCUCAGUCACUUUCAACGAGAAUCUCUGAACUCGAACUUAUCAACGACCUUCUGAGAAGCCGAGUAUCACAGCUGGAAGCCAGUGAAGCUGCCGCCCGAAAAGCCGAAGCCACCAUCCGCGAGAGCGAGCUGCUGCUCCGCCGACACGUGGAAGAGCUUCAGGCCGAAAACAAGCGACUAAGAGAGCCCCUCGAAAACGGUGCCCGAGAGUCUACUGAGCCCCUCGUCAAGCGCAUCAAGGUCUCGGAGUUGCUGUAA